UAAUAACUAAAUAUAAAUCGUAAUAAAUAAAGUGUGUGAUCAUGCCUUCCUUGUGUAAGCUAACAAUUGCAGACCUGAGACUUGAAUUGGAAGAAAGGGACCUGAGUUCUACUGGCAAAAAGGCUGAUCUAGUUGAACGUCUGAAGAACGCACUAAAAAAAGAGGGUCAUGAUCCAGAAACUUACGUGUUUGAAGACAAGCAUGCUGCUUUAAUUUCGUCAAUAACAUCGUUAGAGAGCAAAGUUUCUAGUGAAAUCUCCCAAGUUUCCUCGGAUGUUUUGAAUGUGCUUGGUACCAGACAGAAGUCUAUGCAAAUGUGUGCCGGUAUAGCAGCGACUGAAGAUGAUGUAUCACCGGUGAUUCAUAUGAGAGCCAAAGUGUUAAGUGCUAUGUAUUUGGCAGAAGUCUGGACCCCAAAAGUAUCAGGCAUGAGCCGAAUUGCAACAUUAGAAAUAUAG